AUGAAUCGAGGUCCAAGUGGAGAUUUAUCCCAACCAAAGAUUCAGCUCUUCAAUCCUAAUGUAGUAAAAGUUGAGAAAAUACUCCAAAAAAUAAGAAACACGUUAACAAAUUAUUUACUUCCUUCAGUUCAGACAGAUUUUAUUAAUACAACAUAUUCACAGCUAAUAGAAACUAUUCCUUCAGCAGAAGAUCCUGAAAGUUCAUUUGACACAUUCUGGGAAAGCUGGGUUCCUUUCAGAGAAGAUGCGAUUCAAGUUUGCUCACAGAGCGCUGUUGAAUACUCAGGAGACUAUGUAUCUGAAUGUUUUGAAGAAAUUAAUAAGAUUCUUGACGAAAUAUCGAAAAUGCCAACAGAUGGAAUUGCAACCAAGAGAAACAUUGAUGAGAAUGUCCAGAAGAUCAGCAAACUUACUUCUAGUAUUAAGUCUCUUUUGGAUUCUCAAUAUGAUUCUGAUUUAGACGAAAAACAACAAUUGAAGAAUUUAUUGAUGCAAAGGACGAAAAUUAGACAUUAUAAGACCGAUAUUGUUAAUAAAUACACGCAAUUCUUCGAUUCAAUUCAGCGUUCUAACUCUCAAAAACGAAUUAUCGAAAUAAUUGACAAUAUUUUCAAGAAUAUCAACUGUUUACCAGAACAAGAGAAAUCCAUGAAGAGCAUACAAGCAGACCUCUCAAAUGCAGAGGCCCAAUUAUAUCAUUUGUUCGAACCUCAAAAUGUCAAAAUCGAAUUACUUAAAACAAAGAAGGCUUCGAAGAUAGCUUCUUCUAAUCCUUCUAUACUUGUUGAAGAGGUCGAUUCCGAAGAAGAUGUUGACGAUGAACCUCAUUUUUACAAUACUACCGAAGUUCCAGAGCGAAUCGGAAAAACUCGUAAUUUCGUAUCGGAUUCCGAUAGAGAUGAGGCCAAACCGCCGAAUUCUACUCCAAUCAAAUUAAAAGCGGCCAGGAAGCAUUUCGGAACGGAUGACUACAACGAGAUCAAGCUUGGCAUCAACCAAUCACCGAAACCAUCCCCCCAUUUCGAUAGCAUAAACGAAUACGAAGUUGAAGAAGAAUAUUUCGAAGAAGAACAGAAUUCUCAGAGCAGAAGUAGGUUUUCAUCAGGUCUACAGUCAAUAGAUGACAAUAAAAUAAAGAAUAUUUCAGAAAGAGAUAUUCAAGAACAAGAAUCCGACAUUUUGACUGAUAAUUACAGUUCCUACAACAACAAAGAGUCAUCAUCAGUCAUGGAAGACCAGCCACCUUACAUUCCGCCACUUAUGACUCCAGAUAUCUUAAAAUCAAAGCCAAAACCGCAAAGAAUGGCCAAAACCCCUCAACCGCAAGAUUCAAUACAACCUCUUGAUUUAUCCCAAGAGAAACUUGGCCUGAAUCUUGAAUUAUCCGACGACGAUAAUGAUAUUGAACAAAAACUCGCGAGUAACAACAUUUCUAAGAAGUACAAGAAGAACAUUAACAUGACAGCAAAGGCAAUAACACCUAAUGUCAACAGAAUGAAGAACAAACAAAAACAAAUUCAUUCUAAACCGAUAAAACUCGUUGAAGAAGAGAGUUCUGACGACCAAAAUACACAAGAACAGAAGAAUGAUGAUUCUAAGAACUACGAACUGAUAAUUAAACAAUUAAAAGAACAAUUAGCCCAAAAAGAUGAUAAUUAUGAGACAUUAAGGGUCCAAUUAGAAAUAUCAUUCGAAGAGAACAAAGAAUUGACAGAACAGAACAAGAAACUCGAAGCAAAACUCUUAUCUAAGAAAGAAGUAACGAUUGACCAACUUAAAAUGCCAGAAGAGAGUGAUUCCGAGUAUUCUGAUGAUGACGACAACAUAGAAAACGAGCUACGAACUAAAGUCGACGUUUUGGAGAAGGAAAGACACGAAUUAUUAAAGAAUAUUGAACAGAUGACAGAAGAAAAUGAAAAACUGGUAUCAAUGACCCAACAAAUGCAACUCCAUAAUGAUAGAUCCGCUGAAGAUAAAGACAGAUUGAGACUUUACGAAGAAAUGCAACAAAUUUUAUUGGCAGAAGUUGCAAGAUGCAGGAAAGGCCAAGAUGCAAAUGUUUCUGAUAUCUUGGCUGCACUGUCUGCAACAAGAGAAGAGAAUUUGAUGCUUAAAACACAAAAAGCAAAAUUAUUAAAUGACAAAGGUAUUAAAAACAUCGAUUCGAUGCUUAGCGAGAACCAAAGAUUAAUAGAUGAGAACGCAGACCUCAGGAAGAAGAUUGGAACCCUUAAAUUACAAAUUGGAAAGAAUCCAGGAACUUUUGAAGCUCUUAGACGCGCAUUGCUUUCCUCAAUGAUGAGCGAGAUCAAUAUGAGGAUGCAAAUGCAGCUAAUGGCCAUUUCAAAGGUCGAAUCAAACGGAAAUAACCAAAUUGAAGAACUGAAGAAGAACUUUGAACAAACAGUUACAUGGGCAAAUGAACAGCAGAAACAAGCCCAGAUGGAAUCAUCAAAAGCUGAUAUAAACGAAAAACAGAUAAGAGAUAUCAAAGAAAGACUUGUUCGUGCAGCCAAAGAGAAAGGCGUUAAUGUGGAUAAUAUGGAUUCAUUAGAAAUGUUGGAUGUUCUUUUGAGUUAA